UAUUCCAAACAUUAGAAUUCUAAACAACAUGGCGGAUACAGCUAAAGAAAAAUUCGAUGCUGCUGUAAAAGUCAUCCGAGGCUUACCAAAAAAUGGUACAUUCCAACCAUCUCAUGAAUUGAUGUUAAAAUUUUAUGGUUUUUACAAACAGUCGACCGAGGGACCAUGUAAACAGAGUAAGCCAUCAUUCUGGGAUGUUGUUAAUAAAGCAAAAUGGGAUGCAUGGAAUAAACUGGGUGAGAUGCCAAGAGAAGAAGCUAUGUUGAAAUAUGUUGAUGAAUUAAAAACAAUAAUAGAAACAAUGCCCCAAACAAAACAAGUAGAAGAAUUUAUGGAUACAAUCGGAAGCUUUUACGAAAUGAUUGAAGAGAAUGUUCCAGGGGAAAAGAAAUCAAAACCACUUAAAUUACAGAAUGGUGGUAAUGGUGAUCAUGAUGAUAGUGAUGAUGAAGAAAUAGAAAUUGAGAGUAACAUUUCUUUUAAUAAUGGUAUUGAUAAUAGUUUUAACCAUUCAGCUGCAGUUGAAGAUAUUUUACGUAAUGCAGAACUCAUGAACGCAAAGCAGCCACACAUCACAGUUAGAGAAAAUAACAUGGUCCAUCAACAGUUUUAUGUUGAAAAACCUAAAAAAGAUGAGAAUAGAGAGAAAGAAGAAAUAAAAAUAAAUGGAGGAAUGAAAGAUGAUGUAGAGAGUGGAAGUGAUACGGAUGAGUUUUGUGAUACAUCAGAUGAACCUAUUCAAGAUCCAUUAGAAAAUGGCCAUGUGAUACCAAUGUUAAAUACAUCCACACCAAUAACUAAAACAGAAAAUCGUGUUCAGUUCACAGAUAAAGACUCCAUUCAAACAGAAGCUCAAAUUCACCAAACAACACCUUCAUAUCGAUUCACGAAUAGUCAGAAUCUUCGUAUGGGUUUAUUAUCAAAUUCAGUGCCUUAUUCUUCCAAAUUCAAUCGUGAUACCCUCCUUUCAGAUAGCUUGUUAGUUAAUGCAGCUUCAAAUGACUCGUUAAACUUGUCGAUAGACAGUCAGUUAGGUGUUAGUCUCCAUCAUCCAGACAAUAGUGUUUUACAACAAACUUUUGACAAAUUAGAAAGUGAUUCAGUUAUGACACGUGGUGGGGGUAACUUACCUACAGGACAAGGGUCAUUUCCAGUUUCAACAGAUUUGACAGACAGAUCAGUGAGUGCUAGAGGUAAUGCAGGUAAUAUAUCUGGAAGUAGAAGAGGAUUAUUUCCCCCUGGAUCUGGUGGUGCUGGAGAGGAUGAAGACGAUGUAUCAAGAAUCCAUCAUUAUGGUGACCUGAAUCAACAAAUAGUGUUAACUUUAGUUCGUUUACAGCAGGAUAUGAAUAGUGUUUUAUCACGUCUGACAAAUUUGGAAGCAAUGACAGAGAGGCAAAGUCUGGAAAAAGAGAGACAGGAGUUGCACAAGAAGUCAACAUGGUGGCCGUUUGGUAACAUUUCUAAAAGAACAGCAGCAUUUAUAUUUAUCUGGCCAUUUUUAGCUCAUUUUAUUAUAGCAUUAGUCUGUAACAGAAGAAGGAGAAGAUAAUCAAAGAAUUGAAGAUAAUUUUCAAAUCCAAGAUUGAAUGAAUGAUUACAGGAAAAGAGAAUAAAAUAUAUAUUUUGAAGUGCUAAAUAUCUUUCUACAUGUAUUAUAUAUAUUUCACACUAUCAGCCAAACCAUAUCACUUUGUAGUGAUCUGUGACUAAAAAUAGUUACAUAAAUAUAGCUAGUGAAUCAUUUCUAUCAAGAUCAUUGUUAUCUAUAUAUAAAUUUCAAAGCUAAAAAAAAAAAAAACAUGACUAAUACAAAUAUGUAAGAUGUGAAUAUAUUUUUUAAAAAUUGCUCAAUUAAUAAAGAUAUGGAUUGUGUGAAAAAAUGCUGUGAAUGUGACAAUGGAUUUUGAGAGAAAGAUGUUAUGAAUAAAAAAUGGAAGCAAGUUUGUGAUAUUUCAAUGAUAAAUGUUAAUAUAUUUUAAAUACAGAUAAAUGACUGUGUAAGUAAUAUUUUAAAUGUGUAUUCUGUCUGUAUAUGAUGUUUAUAUGAAGCUGUGUGUCUGUAUAAUAAUUUAAAUAUUAAGGGCCAUAAAACAAAGCCAAGACUGACUUGUGUUCUUCAUACUUUAGAUCAAGCAAAUUCGUUUACCUUCUUUAAUUGAGGGUUUGAUGUUUUGAGCCCAAAAUUAAUUCCUUUUAUUGGGAUAUCUUCUUUGAUUAAGGGUUGGUUCUAUUUUUAGUUUCAGUCAUCUGUCUAGAAGUUUUUGCCAAAGAUAUCAAGAACAAAUUGGUCGAUCUUUAAACUCAAAGAAUGUUUUAACUAAAGUGCACCAUGGUAAUGCAACAAUUCUUCAAUAGGAACUCAAACAUGUCUUAGAAGUGCUAUUUUAAUGUGCAAUGUUAUUAAGGAUUGAAAAUUGAUUGUACAGUUAAAAUAUUUACUAGUGAUUGCCAAUGUUUAUUAGAUUAUAGUCUUCUGAUUCUCCAAACUGAUAUUAAUUUGAGAAACUUGUAUUAUUAACAAGUUUAUAGUUACCGCCAGAAUCUGAUUACUUAUUUGAUAGUAAAUCUACAUCUUGUGUUUCAGAGAAAUUAAAAGAUACUGUAAAUAUUGAAUCGCUGUAAAUGUUGACUACAUUGGAAAACUAAUUUUUUAUUUUGAUUGUUUUUAAUCUAUGUGAUUUUCAGUACAGAGAGAUUAAAAUAAAGGUUUUUAAAAAUGCUA